AAAUUAAUGGGGAACUAUAUUUUCUCCUCCCGUUUACGGAUUUACGUUCGGUAGUAGAAUUUACAAUGGCCUCGAAGGCAUCUCGUCGUCGUGGUAACCCACAGUGUUGACAUCCACACAACACUCACAAUUCGCCGUUAGCGUCACAUUUAGAGAUUUAAUAUAAUGCAAGGGGACAUUUUAGCACUCCAUUUAAACAUAGUUGACACUUUUUAGUAAUAAAAAAGUUAAUCAACUGUCUAUUCAGUCUGUAAACAUGGACUCAAUUGAGGACUUGGACGUUUUCCUUAAAAAUAUCGACGAUAUAAGCAACCUUGUGAAAGACCUUAGCUCAUCGGAUGUUGAAGUCCAGCAGAAAGCUCUCCGAAAGGCAGAUUGCAAAAUUGCUGCCUUGCAUGGAACCUGCAAGACAAAAGUCAACAAGACCACCAUCAACACAAACCCAACACCCAAUGCUCCAGCGAAUGCACAGACAGAAAGUGCAGAGAAUUUCUUGAGAUUUAUGGAGCAAGAUGCAGAAGACAGAAGGAAGAGGAGGUUGGCUCAAGAGCAAAAGGCCACUGUGUUUAAGGACAGAGGGAAUCAAGCCUAUGCUCAAGGAGAUUAUGAGACUGCUGUGAAGUAUUACAGUGAUGGAUUGGCUGAACUACGCGACAUGCAGCAGUUGUAUACCAACAGAGCUCAAGCUUACAUAAAACUAGAGAGGUACGAGGAGGCCAUCAGUGACUGCAAAUGGGCUCUGAAGUGUAAUGAGAACUGCAUAAAGGCUUACCUUCACAUGGGAAAGGCAUACCAUGGACUGAAGGAGUACAGUGAGUCCAGAACGUGCUUCGAAAAGAUAACAGAACUUGAUCCACAUAUGGAGAAAAUGGUCAGAGAAUACCUGACCAAGAUUGACCUGGAUGAGAAAAAGGAGCAUCAAGAACUCAACGCAAGACAAGAUUUUGACAGGGGAGUGGAGAAGGCCAAACUAAUCCCUCAACUUCUGGAGAAACUGUCAGAGCCAGGACAGAUGCUUCUCUACUACUGCGGAUUAUUAGAGAUUCUCUCCCAAAUUGUGACCGACUGCAGCGGCCAGACACUUUUCAGAUUGCACGAUGGCUUCAAGAUCAUCGACAGCAAUGACACAAUGAGGAGUUGCCUGUUGCAGGAAGCAAAUGAUCCCUGCAGCCAGGACUUGUGUGUCCUUAUUCUCACCAUUUGGAUGAUAAUGUGCAGGGAAAAUGAUGAAAACCAGAAAACGCUGUUGACAUUUCCAGUUUCCAAAGAGUCCAUUGUUCCCUUGGUUACAUCCGAACAUGAUGCCGUGCAGAAGGAGUGCCUGGAAUUGUUGUGUUUGUAUUCGCUUACAUCACAUGGCAGAUGUCUUCUCAUUAACAACUUGGAUGUUUGCAUGUUAAUGAAGAACCUCAUGGCGUGCAUCUCGAAGCCAAAGAAGCAACGGGAGAUCAGAGCUCUCCUCAUUUUGCAGAAGUUGGCGGAAGAAAAAAAAUUCUGCCGCCUGCUAAGGAAUAAGAUUGCAGACUCUGUCGCUGAGCCAUUCACAGCAAUAAUGACUAAUAUCAGCAAGGACAUUCAGAAUGUCAUACCUCCACUUUUAUCAGUUGUUGGCAGUCUAAUCGGUGAUGACGUCAUCCGUCACACUCUUGUUCACCAUGCAGAAUGCUGGAAGGCCUUCCUGCUUGCCAUUAAGCAAUGCAUUGCAUGCAGUGAUAAGGACAUACUUUACCCUCUCCUUGGCCUGCUCAUAAACCUCUCAACUCUCACCUCACCUGUCAUAAAGGAAAACGCCAUUAAUCUGUGUGGUUGCUGCCUGGACCUGCUGAGGGACGAUGACGUCAGUGUCGUAACUAGAGCAAUGGGUGUGUUGAGCAACGUCCUCCCUCAGUCCUCUGAGGCUGUUAAUCAUGUUGUUCAGCGAGAUGUGGUGAAGACGGUGCAGCAGCUGCUGAAGCAAGCAGACUUGGCUGGCACUAAGUAUGCCAUCAAGAUUCUGACCUUGUGCACAGCUGCCAGCCAGAUUGCUCGGGAGGAGCUGGUGAAGUCUGACAAAAAACUGUCUGUUCUCCGUCGUUUGCUUGGCUUCAGCUGUGAUGAGAUGGUGUCAGGAAAUGCUGCCCUGUGUCUGGCCCAUUGCCUUGAGUUGAAGGGUAUUGCCAGCAACCUGCUGGGCACUGAUAUCGUGAUUCUGCUUCUUCGCCAUGCUGCUGGCGACGCGAAAAAAACAGCUGUGCAGCAAAAUUCAGCUAUUGCUCUGGGGAAGCUGUGUCAAUCUGAGCCCAGGCACGUGAGCAGACUCCGAGAGCUACAUGGCUUUGAGAUCCUGCACUCCUGUAUGAAGCUCAUCAACUAAUGGAGUGACAAUAAUCAUUUUAUUUUGUUUUUAAUGACUUCUAACUGAUCUUGACUGACCUUGUUUUCAAGCCCAUUCGGAAUGUAGAAUCAUUAGCCCCAAGAUGCAGCGAAGGUGGCGGCAGUUCAGUCAGCUUUGCUAUAUUAACGUGAUUAAUACAUUCCAAAUUCAUACUGGCUGUGAUGUUAUUAAUUAUACUGCAUAUGAUACAUGAAUCCUGCAAAUCGUUUGUCCUAAAUACUUCAGUAGCAUGACUAUAUGAAUGAGUGAUAAUAGCCAAGCUGCAGAACACACAGUAGGAAGACUAGGUCCUUUUUCCUUAUUCAACCUCAGUUAUUAGUUUCAAGAGGCUAAAAAUGUAUACCAUAUAUACUCGCGUGUAGGUCACUUUGGUAUAUAGGUCGCACAACUAGUUUAUAGAUAAAAAGUAGGUAUUAUAGGUUGUCCCUCGUAUACGGUUAGGCUUACCACCAGGGGUGAACGUGGCUAGAAUUUCUUGCCGGAACUCCCCGACGUGAAGGUCGCCACGGAGCCAGAAAUUUUGUUUAUUUAUUUAUUUAUUUUUUAUGGUUCAAGCCUCCUAAAACUACUGAAAUGCAAAGAAAACUGUUUUGGCACAGUUAUUUCUAUAAUACAUACAAAAACUGAUUUUCAUUCAAAAUUGUAUUUUUUCAAUGACUUGCAAAAUAAAAGUUAACACAACAGCAAUAACCCCAACCUCCAUCUCCUAAUUUGUAUUGUCCGUCAUUUCCUCACAUGCCAAAUGCCAAAUCUCAAUUUUAACUACUUAAUAACAUAGGAUGUAUAUUGAAAUUGAAGUUAAUGCAAACAUUUACUUUUGCUUUUUUUUUUUUUUUUUUUUAAAUAAUAAUAAAUAUAUAAGUAACAUACAUUCAGAAACAUAAGUACAAAUGCCUCAUAUUAUGCAGAAUGAAAUUGAAUAUAUUUUGAAGAUCGCGGAAACAUUGACUUUUUUUAAAUCAUAAGGAAAUGAAUAAGUAGCCUAACAUAAAUAAAUAUAAGUCCAAAGUGCACAUUGACAGCUAAGAUGUUCUGAAUCUCCCCAUCAGAGCAAAUAAAACUAAAUAUGAUAAAUAAGCCUCCUCAACUCUUUCCUUGCUCUUAAAGAUUUGAUCCAUUUUCUGUUGCAUUGCCCUUUUUUGUCGCGUCAAUUCAACAAACUUUCAUUUUUUUGCUGUUCCAGAAAACAUGCACAUUUGAACCAAUCAGAGCUAACCAUCUCUGCUGAUCACAUGUCAGUAUGUCAGCCAAUUGAACGGAUAAAUGAGUCCAGGUGUUUUGCUUUGCUGCGUGCAUUCGCACAUUGCAUGACUCAUCAUCAUCAGACUCAUAUAACUGCAGCAGCAGGGGAAACAUCCAUGCCGUCCGUGGAAUAAAAUAAUAUCGGUGGAAACGGAUUACGCUACACAAGCACUUUAUUAUGCUUGAUGUUAACACUUGUGUAUGUAAAUCUGAUGUGGGUAGAUUGUUUUCUUCUUAGAGAUAAAAUGCAUGUGCGGCAGCUUAGCAUUUUUUUUUUAGAUAGAGUUUUGACAGUUGCUGUCAUAUUUUUGGAAUCAAAGCACUGUGUCUGAAUCUUAUACCGGAACUGUGUUCCGACCCUGAAUCUUAUACUGGAACUGCGUUCCUGACCGUUCUGGCCCACUUUCACCCCUGCUUACCACCCAUCCCUUGAAAUAAGGGAUCGUUCCGAAUUGGGAAUUAAAAUUUGCGUUCCAUAUUAAACUGAUACGGAAUAUAUUAGAUACAUUUCUAUGCAUUUUAGGAGUUUGGGGAUGUCCCUUUUUUUAUUUCGCCUGGACGGCUUUGGGCGUGAGGGGAGCGUCCCUUAUUUCUAUUUCUGAAAAGUGCCAAAUAGGGUGCACAACAAUAUUGGAGAUUUUGGGGCAAAUCUUGGGACCAAUUUCCAAUACCAAUAUGACUGAAACAAAACUUGCAACAUUUGAUUAUUUAUUGACUGUAUUUUUAUGUGUUAACAACUUAUACAUAGAUUCUAUGUAUGUAGUCUAUGAACUACACAAGCCAAACAAUACCAAUAUGCUAAAUAUAUUAAAUUUCUAGUAUUUUUUUCCUUAACUUUCUUAACUGUGUUACAGUAACUCUUCCUCAUCAUGGAUGGAAGCCCUAAAAUUCCUCUUCAUCAUCACUAUCACUUUCAUUUUUCAUAUCUCCUUUCUUCAUGCUCCUAGAUCACUCUUUUUGAGGUCACUUGGCGAAAUUGUUUGAUAUGAAAGCCAGGACUGCUGCACGACGUACACAGCUGUAGCUUCUGUCAUGAUGUUGGUAUGAAUUUCUCCCAUGUCUAAGUUUUGUUCGUAAGUACUGUUUGUCUAAAAUACAGUGCAUAUUUUAUUUUUGUACAACACUGUAAUUUUUUAUAUUAGACAUUUGCAGGAUAUUUUGAGUGUAACUUGUCUAUAAUUGGCAUACGUAGCUAACGCUAAGUUGUACGCUUUUUCAGUUUUACGAUGAUCGAAAUUAGGCAAUGGUCACAGCGAGGACAGCACAUCAGGCGUAGCCUAUAGUUCGCACCGCAUUUCGGUAAAAAAAAAAAAAAAGUGAACUAAACGAGCGUACAUAUGGAACCAUUUUUUUCAGACUGUAACUCACACCUGACUAUAAUAUUCACAUUGUCCUAAAAAUAAAAAACGAGACAUCAAAGAACACAUAGGUCAAUUUUUUUUAAAUAUCAGAAGCAAAGAACAAAAAUUAUACAUUAUGGUUCACUGCAAAAACACACCUCCUUAAAAGUAGUUAAAUUCCCUUGUUUUCAGUGUAAAUCGAUGGCGGUGGUAGUGAUGGCGGUGGUGAUAGUGAUGACGAUAUUGGGAAGUGGCUGUAUUCUCAUUGAAUUUUUAAGGAAUGAAUUGGGGGUGGGACCCAAAAAAGCUCGGUUUCUUCCCACUCCUUUUCGAGCUACGAUAAGGUUGUUAUUAUUUUUUGGUGUAAUUAACAUUACUGUUACUAUUGUUAUUUGUUUUCCCCCGCUCUUGUUGUUUUUGUUAUUACUGCUCAAAAUCAAUCAAUCAAUCAAUCAAUCAAUCAAUCAAUCAAUCAAUCAAUCAAUCAAUCAAUCAACUAGAAACAAGUGAAAUGAUCUGCCAGUGCUUCAAGUAAAUUUUACUCUCUUAGAUUUCUUGAAAUAAGAAAAAUAGCUAAACAGACCCUAUUUUUUUAUAGCAAUAAAUUAGUAUAAUCUUUAAAAAAUAUGUAGAAAUGAUAUAAUAAUAAUAAUAAUAAUAUCUAAAUUGCUGGAGACAAUCAUACUGAACAGAAUUGCUACAUUUAUUUCCACAGGUGACAAUCAGUUUGGGUUCAAAAGAAAACAUGAAACCGAUAUGUGCGUAUUUGCGUUGAAGGAAUUAUUACUGAAGUAUCAAGGCCUGAACUCAACAAUGUUUUUAUGCUUUAUUGAUUCAUCAAAAGCUUUUGAUCGGAUCAAUCAUAGCAAACUUUUUCUUAUGUUGACACAAAGGGGGGUGCCCAAAUAUAUCAUCCGUAUUCUAGCCUUUUGGUAUGCAAAUCAACUUGUUCACAUUAAAUGGGGUAGCACGGUUUCUUCUUCCUUCAGAGUUAGUAAUGGUGUGAGACAGGGAGGAAUACUCUCACCAUAUCUGUUCAAUGUAUACAUGGACGAAUUGUCCAAGCAUCUCAAUAGAUGUAAUACUGGCUGUGUUGUAGGAAGCACUAUCAUUAACAAUCUUAUGUACGCGGAUGAUGUGGUGGUGAUCUCUCCAUGCAGUGCUGGCUUACAGGAGUUACUCUCAUUAUGUUCUCAGUUUCGUGACCAAUUUGACAUCAAAUACAAUGCACAGAAAAGUAACAUUAUGAUUUUAAGAUCUAAAGAAGAUAGGGGGGCUGUAUUCCCUCGCUUCUUUCUGGGCAAAAAAGCUCUAAAUGACUGCAAUGAGGCUAAAUAUCUCGGACAUAUCAUAACUGAUGAUUUGUCAGACGACAGGGACAUUCACCGUCAAUGCAGUAAACUUUAUGCACAGGCAAACAUGCUUAAGAGAAAAUUUUUUUAUGUGUUCCAUCCACGUGAAAAUAUCACUGUUCAGGGCAUAUUGCACACCAUUUUACACUGCUCACCUGUGGACCAGGUACUUAGCGAAGUCCAUACAGAGGCUAAAUGUAGGUUAUAAUGAUGCCUUGAGGCUGUUAUUGUAGGUGCCUAGAUGGUACAGCGCCAGCCAAUUAUUUGUCAGUUCUGGGUUACCCACCUUUAAAGCUCUACUAAGAAAUCUGAUGUAUAAGUUCAUGUGUUGGUUAAAUGAGUCCGAAAAUAGUAUUUUAAUGAAAAUAACGGAUCCUAAAAAUAGUUAUAGAUGUAGGUCAAGCAUGUGGCGCCACUGGAGUAAAAGCCUGUUUGUUGUGCACAGAUAGUUUGUGCUUUUUCAUGUUUUUGCUUUUUCAGUUUCUGUUUCUGUGUUUUCUUAUGUCAUUUUUCUGUUGAUUUGUGUGAUAUGGACACCCCAUGUGACUCCUGAAUAAAGAUCAUAUAUAUUAUUCAAAACAUUA